AUGAACGUUAUCGUAACUAUUUCCCUAUUUCUCCUCCCGGUAUUCCUCCUCCUUGUUCGGAGGAUAAGAUCAUCGAAGAGGGUUCCCCCAGGAUCCCUUGGAUUGCCAAUCAUCGGUCAAAGCCUUGGCAUGCUAAGGGCAAUGAGAGCCAACAAAGCAGAGAAAUGGCUUGAAGAAAGAGUACAAAAAUAUGGUCCUAUAUCAAAGCUAAGCCUCUUUGGCAAACCCACUGUGUUUAUUUAUGGACAGGCUGCUAACAAGUUUGUAUUUACAAGUGAUGGCUCUGUCCUCACUAACCAGCAGCCACAAUCACUCAAGAUGAUUCUGGGUGAUCGUUGCCUUUUGAAACUCAAUGGUGAAGAUCAUAAACGGGUUAGAGAUGCCCUGGUAUUGUUCUUGAAGCCAGAUAGUAUGAAGCGUUAUGUUGGAAAGAUGGAAGAAGAAGUCAGAAUUCACCUUGAGACUUACUGGAAAGACGAGCAAAUAAUUACAACUAAUCUUGCAUACAAUCUUAGAAAUUUACAACUAACCUCUGCAUAA